CCUGCAACUCGAAACCAGUCAGUUGAAUCCAAAAAUAGCAUUUUAAAUCUUUUUAUUUGCGUUCAUUUUUUAAAUUUAAGGAAAAAUGUCUUGCUGCGGAGGAAACUGUGGGUGCGGAGCUGCUUGCAAGUGCGGCUCUGGCUGCUCUGGAUGCAAGAUGUAUCCUGAUUUGGGAGAGGAGACCUUCGCCACCAGCCGGACCAUUGUCGCCGGAGUUGCUCCUGAGAAAGGACACUUUGAGGCGGUGGUGGCCGGAGCAGAGAAUGGUGGCUGCAAGUGCGGCGAUAACUGCAACUGCAACCCCUGCAACUGCAAGUGAGAGCUCUGGAACGAGUGUAUGCAGCUAGAUCUUGAGAUGCGAUAGAUCAUAUUGUGUGCUUAAAGGUUCUGGUAAUUAUAAGUAUGCAUGUAAUUAUAAGCAUCUCUGCUGUUAAAUGCAGUGAAAUUAUCUUGUUUGUGUGCGUGUGCGUGUGUUGUGUUGUGUUGCAUGGUGUGUUUUGUUUGUUUGAAUGUGAAGUGAGUUUUUAAUCUAUGGAAGUUGAAGUUUGUGGUGUUUGAUCUA